UGACCUCUUCCCUCGGCAAAACCCAUCCACCCCUCUCUGCCACCCCCUUCCACUGUUUUUUGCUACAAUUACUCCCUCCCCCGUUUCCUGUAUUAGGCAACUUUCCUUUCUGAGAUAUUUCCCAUUCGAUUCCCCCAAUUCCCAGUUCUCUUCCAACUUUGAAUUCCCCCGAGUUCUUUCUUUCUCUCUUCUUGGUUUUGGGACUCCUCUGUUUCUCUGAGAAACUUGAUUUGAUUGGAGCCUGGUAGCGUGUUGUACUAAGCUGUUGACAUGGGAUUUUGAUUCCUUGUUCUUAAUUGCCGAGUUUCAAAGUUCGAUUACUCUAGUGCCCCUGUUCCUGUUUCUAUUAUAUUCCAAAAGCUUCUGGGCUUUGGCCUUUUCCCCAAGUUUCCCCCUUUAUUUUUUCUUACCUAAAAUUAAGACCCUUUUGGUUGGUGUACUUUUCAGUUCAGGGUUUAGGGUUUUUGUACCUAUUUUCUUCUCCUGUCCUCCUCUAGUUACAAAAGCUUCUGGCUUUCUUGACUUCAAUUUUCAUUGAGUGAGUUUUAGGCUUCAACUCUUCAUCACAGUUCAAUGAGUUCAAGUCUUCUGCUUUUCUGGGCUUAAGGUCAAGUUGAAUUUGGAUACUAAUAUUCAAUUUCGAUUAGUGUUCCUUGAAAUCACCCCCAAAUGUCUUCGUGUUUUAGCGGUGGCGGAAGAACCUAUGCAUUUGAGCUUGACAUAGUCAAAUCCCCUUCUACUUCAACCCGGACAUCCCAAACAUCUUCACCUUCCUCCACCCUCUCGGAAUCAAGCAAUUCCGCCCUCGCAAUCUCAACCCGAAAACCCCGAACCCCUCGGAAACGACCCAACCAGACUUACAAUGAAGCCGCUGCAUUACUCUCCACUGCUUACCCCAACAUCUUCUCCACCAAAAUCCUCACAAAUCCUCGCAAAUCCGCAAAACCCCACGACCCCUUCCUCGACUCCUCAUCCUCUUCCGAACUGCUCCUCCCUUUUAGACUCAUUGACAAUUCCGCAACUUUCCUCCUCCACAACCCAAUUCUCGAGAAGCCAAGCUCCCGAUUCGAGCCCAAAGCCAUCAAUCCGUUCGAGAAGUCGUGCAAUUCUCCCGGGGAAUUCAACUCCCCGGUGAAUUUCGACUCCAAUCCCAACUCCUCCAUGGAGAUAUGUGACGAUUUCGACGCCGAGUCUAUGCUGGAUGAGGAGAUUGAGGAGGGUAUUGAUAGCAUCAUGGGGAGUAGUACUACUAGUAUGAACAUAGAUUCAGUCGAUGAUUGUUCUACUACUACUAGUAGUGACCAAAUGAUGAUGAAAUCCUGCUAUGGCUACCCAAUGGGGUUGGGAUUUGGCGGGAACUUCGGGUUCGGGUUCAGAGGAGGAGUGAGGCCAUUGAGGCAAGUCGACGAUGGCGUGAACUGGUGGAGCUUCCCCACCGUCGACGUUCUUGAAAUCUCGCCCAGAUUCAACAAAUCUCGGCCGUCCGUUCCCUCAACGUCACCGCCUAAAUCUGCCGGGAAGAAGAAGAAGAAGAUGGAGAAGCUGGCGGUGGUGGAGUCGAAGCUGACGCCAGUUAAGGAGAAGAGUCAGAGUCCGACGAAGAAGGAGAAGGAGGAGGAGGAGGAGCCGGAGUCGGAGCAACCUGGGCAGUUGAUGCUGAAGCUGGACUACGAUGACGUUUUGAGUGCUUGGUCGGAUAAAGCAUCGCCGUUCCCGGAGGAACUUCAGGGCGGCGGUGAUGGGAACGAUGUCUCUGCCAGGCUGGCACAAAUUGAUUUGUUCACAGACGCCGGUGGGUUGAGAGAGGCCAGCGUCCUCCGGUACAAGGAAAAGCGGCGUACGCGACUCUUUUCCAAGAAGAUCAGGUACCAAGUCCGAAAAGUCAACGCCGAUCGACGGCCAAGGAUGAAGGGUAGAUUUGUGAGAAGGCCAAACUCUAGCACAAAUGGUCAAAGAGACAAAAGGAAUGAAUGAUCUUAGUUUAAAUUGAGGCCAUAACACACCUCUACACACCCUGCAAGUCCUCUUUUGUUGUAUCAUCAAUUAGUUUUUCCAGUUUUUUGUCAAUUUCUUCUCUCACUAAAAAAAAGCCAAAGAGGAGAUGGAGACUAGCUAUUUCAUCAAGAAGAGGAGCAUAGAGAAUCCAACAACUUUUGGUUUUGGUUCUCAUUUUUUAUAUGCUUCUCUUCUUGUUCUUCUAGUCUUUAAGCACUAGGACACUUAGUUCUAAGGUCAUGAUCGAUACCUUUUUGUAGGUAGGGAGUUUUUGUUGGAGGCAAAAGUAACCAUAGUUCCAUAUAUGAAGUAAUGUUCAUUGA